AUGAUGGAAAUGGGGGUUGUGGGUUUGGUGUUAGUCAUGGGCAUAUUGGUGUGGAUACGGAGGAGAAUGGUGAUGGAACAUAGGAAGGGUGAUGGUGGUGAGCUUCCACCAGGACCAAGAUGCUGGCCAGUGGUUGGCAACAUAUUCCAACUGGGUUGGUCACCACACGAGUCCUUUGCAAAAUUGGCUCGUAAACAUGGUCCAAUAAUGACCCUUUGGUUAGGAUCCAUGUGCACAGUGGUUAUAUCCUCAAGUGAAGUGGCUCGUCAAAUGUUCAAAAACAACGAUGUUGUUCUUGCUGGAAGGAAGAUUUACGAGGCCAUGAAAGGGGAACAUGGCACUGAGGGUUCUCUCAUAACAUCUCAAUACAGCACACACUGGCGCAUGCUAAGGCGUUUGUGUACCACUGAGUUCUUUGUGACAAGUCGUUUAGAUGCCAUGCAAAGUGUACGUGCAAAGUGCAUACAACGCAUGAUACAUUUGAUAGAAGAUGCUAGCGAGUCUGGCUCGUGUGGAGUUGAUGUUGGGAGGUUCUUUUUCUUGAUGGCUUUUAACCUUAUUGGGAACCUCAUUUUCUCGAAGGAUUUGUUGGACCCUGAAAUGGAAAGAGGGGCUAGAUUUUAUUACCAUGCAAUUAAGGUUAUGGAGUAUGCUGGGAAGCCCAAUGUGGCUGAUUUCUUGCCAAUUUUGAAGUGGCUUGAUCCUCAGGGUAUAAGGAGAAAUACCCAAUUCCAUGUUAACCAAGCCUUUGAGAUUGCAGGAUGUUUCAUCAAAGAAAGGAUGGAAAAUGGUUUUGGUGAAUCAAAAGAGACCAAAGACUUUUUGGAUGUCCUCUUGGGGUUUCGUGGAGAUGGUGUCAGUGGUCCUUACACUUUUUCUUCAAGAACUAUUAACGUCGUUGUCUUUGAAAUGUUCACUGCAGGGACAGAUACAACAACAAGCACAAUCGAGUGGGCGAUGGCAGAGCUUCUGCACAACCCAAGAACACUAAAGAAGGUGCAGAUGGAGCUAAGGAGCAAAAUAGGCCCAGAUAGGAAUAUGGAAGAAAAGGACAUAGAGAAUCUUCCCUACCUCAAAGCAGUCAUCAAGGAAACGCUGAGACUUCACCCACCUCUUCCUUUUCUGGUUCCUCACAUGGCCAUGGACUCUUGCAAGAUGUUUCGUUACACUAUACCCAAAGAGUCACAAGUUUUAGUGAAUGUUUGGGCAAUUGGGAGGGACUCUAAAGUGUGGGAUGCUCCCUUAUUAUUCUGGCCUGAAAGGUUUCUGGAGCCAAACACGGUGGAUUACAAGGGACACCAUUUUGAGUUUAUACCCUUUGGUUCUGGUCGAAGAAUGUGCCCAGCCAUGCCACUUGCCUCUCGUGUGCUUCCACUGGUACUAGGCUCUCUCUUGCACGCAUUUGAUUGGGUUUUGCCCGAUGGCCUUAAACCAGAGCACAUGGACAUGACAGAAGGAAUGGGAAUAACACUAAGAAAAGCCGUUCCCUUGAAAGCCAUACCAGUCCCUUACAGAGGAACUCUUGUUGUCAAUGAAUAA